GUUUUUUUUUCACUUUCAUUUUCCUUUUCAUUUUGCAUUAUUUAUUAGACUUUGUUUCUUUCGUUUAUUUGUUAUAUUAAAGCUAAACCUGGUUCAUUCAUUUCUUAUUUCCCAUUUAUGUUUUUGUUGACUCAUUCUUGUUUUAUUGUUUUUGAUUGAAAUUUUUGAUAUUCUUGAUUUAUAUUUUUGGCUUUGAGAAUGUCCUUAACCUCUUCGAAACCAGCCGAUUUCCCAAUUAGACGCAUCGAAGUUGCUCCGUUUAAUAAUCAAAUCGAAAUCAUCGAUGGUAUCAUUUCGAGUAAUUCAAAAUAUUCUUUAAAUCAUCCUAAUAAUGGUUCUAAUCGUUCAAGUUACUUGAAUUAUCAUUCUAAUAGAAAUAGCCAUUAUAACUCCAACAAUCAUAAAAAUAAAGGUAAUAAUAAUAAUGACUACAACCAUCAAUCUUCAAAUCAACAAAAUAAAUAUGCCUUGGCUACAGUAGCUGCUGCUGCUGCUGUUCAACAACAACAUAAUUAUAUGACUCAACAACCAACUACACAAUCCAGAUCUCAUUCUAUCUCUCACCCAAUAAGCUAUCAACCACCUCAACAACAGCAUCAUCAUCAUCAACAACAACAACAUCAACCUCAAGUUAAAAACGGGAAUAGUCAAAGAUUUAAAGGAUCUUCAACUAGCUCCUCAAAUUCAACUUCAGGCACCCUAGUAGAUUCGGGUCUUUUCAAUUAUGAUAACUCAAAGUAUUUAAAUAUGAAUAUGAGUACCCCUACUAUCCAAUCAUCUUCUCCAACCUCCUCAUCAACCCAAUUAACCUCCUCUCAUCCAAAUCAUGCUAAUUUGUUGGGUCAAUCUCAAAGUUUUGAUCAACAACAAUUAGAUAGCGUGAAAAAUUCCCACUUAUUAGAUAACUUGAAUUAUAACUUGAACAACUCAAACUUAUUACUUAACCCAACCUCAACUUCCACUAAUUCUCCUCCUAAUUUGUUUUUAAAUACAUCUUAUCCAAAUCCUUUCAAUAAUUCCAACUUGAAAAAUAAUUUUUUAAACAGUCCUUCCUUAUUACCUACAAAUAAUACUUGGAAUUUGAACCCAAGUCCAACAAAUUCACAGACUCCUCUUAAGUCUUCUUCUAUCUGGUCAUCUUCUUUUGAUUCAAAUCCUUCUCCUUUACAACCUUUAUCUACUUCUAAAUCUACUUUAAGUGCAUUCAAUUCAAAUUCUAAUAAUCAAUUUGGUGGCUCUAGUAUGUGGUGA